AAUUACUUUUCUGUUGUUAUACGCCGAUCAAUGAUACGACAGUAUCCGUUUCAGUCUAAUCAGUAACACGUAGGCGUUUUCAGUACUUCAAGUAAAUACUGCAUUAAAAAUUCAAGAAGCCAUCAGUCGAUAUUUGUUGUAUUAUCUUACGAACGCACCCACUUGUUUUCCCUUAUUUAAGCUCCUCCCUUAUUGACGAAUGUUGUUGUUGGGAUGGGUUGGCGCUCUGUCUAGCAGUAUUCGGUUCAGUUCAUCUAUAUAUCCAAGUUCUCUCUUUUACUCUCACUGUCGUUGCUUGAACGCCUACUCACCGCCGAAGAUCGAGGAUUUCUUUUGAAUCCGUCAUCCCAAGUUUCAUUUGGCGGAAUCAUUGCCCUAUAUUCCGGCAUCGGUAGUGCAAGAAAUUAGCUCUGAGUGCUCUGACCUAUCAGUGCACGUCAAUACCCCGAGUCUCGAGAGGCCUGAAGAGGCCAAAGGGUGUCCAAACAAAGAUAGUACUUACCAUUACUUUGGUUUCAGUCUGACAUCAGACUUCUAUAUCUUCAGUUGCUAAAUUCAGUGUUCUAUUAAAACUUUAUGUCAUGGCUAAUAACUUAUUGAGUGAUGUGAUUGAUGAUUACAGGAAGCGAGCACUGCUUGCUGCCUUUUCUUUCAAGGAUUUGGUUUACCGACUCUUUGCCUUUCUACUUACCACUUCCUUCAUUUUGUGGCUAUCUGUAUUCAUUUAUGUUACAUUCUAUUAUUCAUAUGUUCCAGCCAUUUCUCACAUUAGACCAGUCCAUUUGGAAUUCAAUUCUUGUCAGGAAACUGUUGGAAUAUGUUCAAAUCCGUUCGCCAAUGUUACACUCACGAAUCAAAGACAACUGUUACAGAGCAAUCAACCUUAUAACAUCAUAAUAGACCUUGAACUGCCAGAAUCUGAAGCUAACAAAGAACUUGGAAUGUUCAUGGUGCAGCUUACACUAACAGGCAAGAAUGGGAAGUUCAUUGCCAUGUCAAGAAGAAGUGCUAUGCUCCGUUACAAGUCCUGGAUACUGCAUUUCCUUGGCACUGUAAUGUUUUCUCCAGCCUUAUUGGUUGGGCCCAUGGAAGAGAAACAAAUGCUUAAAGUUGAAAUGUUUUCAGAAUUUUUGGAAGCCCCGGAUAAUCCUGUUACAAAUGUGAGGGUAGAGAUCGAAAGUCGCUGGCUGCAAUUGUAUUCUGUCAAGUUACGAAUUCAAGCCGAGUUCAUGGGAUUGCGCUAUUUCAUGUUCUAUUGGCCAACUCUUUCUGCUACGAUUGGUAUAUCGACCCAUGUGGUUUUACUCUCAUUUUUGGUCGGUUACGUUUGGUAUCGACUUUUGAAUCCAAACCAGGUGGUUGUCCGCGUUGGCCUCAAUCGCGCGACAUCAUCAGUAGCAUUGACUACAGUUCCUAGCCAGCCUACGAUUGCCACAGUCGAACCUCAACAGUCUGACGAUGCCCAAAAUAAAACGUUAGAACAGCGUAGAAUGGAAGCAAGAGAGAUACUGAUGAAAGAGAAAAAACGGCAACUUACAUCACCUGGCGUAUUUACAGAACGUGUUCGCAGCCGUUCUUUCAGUACAGUGCCAGCAAUGGCGCGGAGCCCGUCAUUUGGUAGCCCUCUCCGUAUCCAGGAACUCACCCCAGCUCCCACACCGCCCAUGAUGGAAGAAAAAGAAGAUUAUUCAAACGAAGGGCUAGUUAUGAAUGCGGAAACCUCACCGGAAUUACGUCGUCGAAUAAUGACAGCUGCGGCAACCAAAGACCCCAAUAUAGAAGAUACCUGCUAAUGAACAGCAUUCUCAAGUCUUCUAUGAUGGUGAAAUAUAUUUGUGUAUUGCCUGUGACAAAACGGAACAGAAAAAAAGUUUAAUCUAACUGAUUACUGAAGAAGAAACGCUAUUACAAAAAAAAAAAAAUGUC